AUGGUGAAAGCUACCUCCUCAACAGCUAGAUCCCAGGGCACAGUGACCUUUGAGGAUGUUGCUGUGUACUUCACCAUGGAGGAAUGGGCCAGCUUGAAACCUGAUCAGAAGGCCUUGUACAAGGAUGUGAUGCUGGAGAACUAUGAGACUGUGGCAUUCCUAGCUGUGGCACCCAUUCCCAAGCCAGCUUUGAUUUCUCAGCUGGAGCAAGAGAAAGACAACCACGUGAGCCAGGCCCAGGGGAUCCUGAGCAGACGGGACAGGAGAGCAGCUCUCACUAGAUACAUCGUAAAACUAAGAAGAUAUAUCUCCUUAGCCAGAGCAACAUUUUCAAAUCCAUUAUUAUUUCCCGCAUCUCGGACUCAUCAAUGCUGGGAAGACAGAACACGGUCUUAA